AUGGUUAAGGAUGAUGGCAUCACCCAUGAAAAAAACCAAUUGUCUAGGGUCAUAUCAGAAGAUAUCUCUUCUAAAGAAGGCACACCUUCAGAAUUCCAUAUUCCAACUUCCAGUCCAAUUCCAACUAUUAUUCAAUCCGAUGAUAUUGAUGUCCCAUUAGAAUGGUUGUAUAAAGGUAAGAAGGCUAAAAAGAAACACUCGGAUAAUAAACCACAUCCCCCGCCGACAGCAGAUUCUACUAGCACUAACGAAUCACACCAGGAUGAAUUUAAACAGGAUGAGUCUCGACUUUCAAGUAAUGAAAUUUUGAAAACUCCUCUGGCAACGGCUUCUGAAGAAGUAGCCUCACCUACACUCAAUACACCCAAGAGAAAUCGAUCAGCAUCGAUUAAUACUGCUUCAACUACAAGAAGACCUACACUUGUAACCCCAAUUUCCACCACAGAUUUAACUCCUCCCACAUCUUCUUCCUCCAACACAAAUUCUUUGAAAAGAAGUUCAUCACUGACUGAAAAAUCUAAAAAAUCUCUCUUUUCCUCUCUUUUUGGUAGAAGAUCCUCUUCAAACUCAGGAUCUCAAAGGCCUUUGCUUCAAAACCCAAUGGGUAAGAAUGCGCUUUCAGGAUCAGCUGUGGAAAAUACCCCACCACAAACACCCACAAGAUCCAGGUCACCCUCCACAUCUCGACUCGUAAAUGAACAUGAGAAUGAACCUUCAUCCCCUAAAUUACCACCAGUCACAGAUUUAGAUAGUGUUAAUGAAAGAAUCAUUUUAAAUAAAAACCCUUUGAAGAAACCUAGUCUACCGAUUGAAGAAUUAAGUAAAUUGAAUUUGAAAAGAGUUCGAUUUGCUGUUAAUAAUUUUGAAUCGGAUCCUCCACAACAAUUACCUUCUAGAAAACCUAAACCUGGUAAUGUCUUGAUUCCAGAUGAUAUGAUUAGUGAACCACCUGCGAUUUCCAUGGGGAUUACAAAUACUUCAGGAAAUAUUACUAUGAAAUAUGUACCUAUAUUCACAAAGGAUUCUAAAGAAUAUAAAUUAGCAUUGGAACGUCAUAAAUUAGCCUUAAAGGAAGCUCAAAAACAUCAAGAAGAAGCACAUUAUGCUGCUGAAAGAAUUGCUUAUGAAGUAAAUAAAUUUUCUAAAAAACCAAAUAUUCUUACCACAACUGAGCCCAUAUAUGAAAAUUUCGAAGCUUUUACCAAGAAAAAAGCUGCUAUUGAUAAGCCAAUACAUUUAAAUGAACAUCCUUUUGAAGAAUUAAAUCAAACUUCAAGUAAUAGUACUACUGCCACCACUACUAAUAACAAUUAUACAUCCCUUACCUCUCCCAAAUAUAAAGAAAUUACUUUAGAUAUAAUUUAUACAAGAUGUUGUCAUUUAAGAGAAAUCUUACCAAUCCCAUCUACUUUAAGACAAGUAAAAGGUAAAACUGCUCCCCUACAGACUUUAAAGUUUUUAAACCCAAAGCCAACUUUAAUUGAUAUUCUAUCAUUUUGUGAUUUCAUUUCUAUUGUACCAAUUUAUAAUAUUAUAUUUGAUAACGUUACACUUUCACCACUUAUGUUUAAGAUUCUAAUUUGUUCUGUUGUAAAUACUACAGUUUUAGAAAAAUUGGGUUUAAGAAAUGUGGUCAUUGAUGAAUAUGGUUGGAAAUUAUUAUGUAAAUUCUUAAUGCGUAAUAAUUCCAUUAUAAAAUUAGACAUUUCGCAAACAAGAACCCGGUCAGAUUUGCCCAAAUCUUCAUAUAGAGAUUCUAUGGAUUGGAAUUUAUUCUGUCAAGUAUUAAAAUUAAGAAGAGGAAAUCCUUUACAAGAAUUAUUAUUAAAUGGGAUAAAAUUCCAUAAGCUUUCAGUAGAAAUUUUUGAAAAUGUAUUGGUUGCCUUUGCCACAAAUUCCAAUAUUAAUCAAAAAUUGAAACCAUAUAAUCCAUUAAGAUUAGGUGUGGCAACCUCAGAUAUUUCAGCCACUCAUAUCAAAAGUCUGUUAAAUUGGGCAUCAGAAUAUAAUGUUCAAGGUAUGGAUUUAGCAUUCAAUGAUUUAUCUACACUUGUUAAGCCUAUUGUGAACAAAUUAUCAUCAUUGGAUUUCUCAAAUUUACAAUAUUUCACUUUAAAUAGUACCAACAUUUUAAAUUCAUAUGAUGCUGCAUUAGUACUUAAAUAUCUUUCCAAAUUACCUGAUUUGAAAUUCCUAGAUUUAAGCAAUUUACCACAAAUCUUCCCCGAGAUUUUCCCAUAUUUACAUAAAUAUUUACCCAGGUUCACAACUUUGAAAAGAAUUCAUUUUGAUAAUAAUUCGUUACGUCAUCGAGAUAUCUCUAUGCUUUGUAAUAUCUUGGUGAAAUGUCGAACUCUAUCACAGGUCUCUAUGUUGGGUCAAAACUUAUCUUUAUCUGUAGAGGAAGAAAAUGAAUUGGCUGUUAAUACGGACAAUAGUGGUGGAUCUAAUUACAAUUCAGAAUUUGCUAGAAAUACGUUAUCAGUUACAUUAUACACAUUUGUAAGAGACUCUCCUAAUUUGGUUAGUUUGGAUUUGGACUAUCACGAAAUUUCAGAUGAAAUUCAACAAAGAAUUGGUAUUUGUUUAAUGAGACAUAUGGAUAAGAAAAUGGAUUCUAGUUUCAAGAUUGAUGAAUUAGCCACUCAAGAUGAUUUAUUAUAUGAUGGAUCUUUAAUGACAGAAACUGCAGAAACCAUUAUGACAAGAGUGACACAAAACUCUCAAAAGAAUCCAAAUCAAUUGAAUAAACAAGAUUCUACCAAAAGAUAUUUAUUUAGAAAAUAUGUGGAGAAUUUAUUUAAAGUUCAUAAUAAUGUUCAUCAAACCAUUGAUAAUUUAUAUGAAAAGCAGAAAAAUAUUGAACUAUCCAAUCAAGAAAGAGAUAAUUUGACAAGAUUAAUCUUGUUGGAGAAAAAUUUACACAAUAUUUUGGACAUCUUUACGGGUGUCCCCACAUUCACUAGUAUCUUGGGACAAAGUUUACCAUUAUUAAAGCAUGUGGAUUCACAAAGUACUAUAUUGGCGGAUAAUGAUAAAGAUUCGAACUCAAGUCCAAUGACAUUAGCAGAGACUGAAAACUUAUCAAGACCACAUUUAAUGGCUACGGAUUCCGGUAGAAUUAUUGAUGUAUUUACUGGUAAAUCAUUAAAUGAUAUGUCAGAUACAAGUACAAGCCAUAAUGAUAAAACUAAUAAUAUUUAUAAGAAAUAUCAACAAGAAGAAGGUGAAUUGCAUAAAUGGGGGUUUUUCGUUCAACAACGGCAUUCCAUUUAUCCUGAUAAUUUAGAUAUUAAUGGAUUGAAAGAUCACCACAAUCAUAGCCAAACUAAUAAUAAUUUAUCAUCAAAAUCAUCUACUCCUUCUGUAGAUAGUAACGAUAAUGCUGUGAGUAAAAAGCAUCAAUAUACUUCAUUGAAUAAUAACAAUAAUAUAAAUCCUACUAUUAGUAAUGGGAGUAGCACAGAUAGUGGUACUGAGAAUAGUAUUACCAAUGGGGGUGAUACUGCAAACUCUGUGAAGCAAAAGCCAAAUCCAUUUGUUAAUAUUACAAAUGCGUCAUUAUUUCAUAAAUCAGAUCAUAAUCAAAAGAAAUCUGAACAUGAAAUGGUCGUAAAUACAACAACAGAUCCUCAACAGCACCACCAUCACCGUCACCACCAUAAUCAUCAACAUAAUAAUUUAACAUCUUCUAAAGAUCAUAUAUCCAGACUUUCCGUUCAAAGACCUCAAUUACAUGCAAGUAGAAGUGGUGAUGAAUUAAGAAAUGCAAUUAUCAAGGCUAAAGGUGUGGAUUCAAUUGAAAAUCUGAUCCAUAGUGUGAAUGAGAAUGAAGCUGAGUUGGAAACCAUUUAUGGUAGACCAAUCAAAUCUUUACAUGAAGAUGAAAUGACAAGAAGAGAUAACCUUUCAAAGGGAUGA